UGCGCGCCUGGCAAGCUGAACGCCCGAUCUUCCGUCCAAGCCUUUCAUCUGCCGGCUGUCGGGAUGCCCCGGCCCAGCGAGCGGAAGGUGGAAGGCCGACUGGAUUCCUAGACAGCGAGCGAGAGAGCGAGCGAGCGAGCGAGCUGUCAGUCCUCGCUCGCCAGGCCAGUCCUCGUUUGGAGCAGAGCUGGCUUGAGUUUGUCCCGCGGCAAGAGGCGGCGUGGACGCGGGAAGCGAUCCAGGACUGCUUCCUGCCCUCGAAGUCCCAGCGGAGCCUCGCGGGUGGGAGGCUUCCUCCCCGGGUUCAGCCGCCGCCUCCCGCCCGGGACCAGGUCUCCGUCUCCUUCCUUUCCUCCGUGACUGGCUCUCCUGCCGAGGAGCGGGGCGCCCACCAUGCCGCCCCGGAGCCCUUGAUUGGGAGCCCUGCCCUUUGCUUGCGCUCCUCCGACGGCCGGGGGGGCUCGCCUCCCUCGCCGACGCCUGGGGCUCGCAGAACCUGCGCCGCCAGCCCAGCCCAGCCCAGCCCAGCCCAGGGAAGGAAGACGCCUAGGAAGAGGGUAGAGACGAUCAUGCAGAGCUGGACCAGGUUCUCCUCCCGCCCUCUCCUCUUCCUAGCCGCGCUCUUGGUGGUGGAGAGUUCCCAGCUCGACGGCACGAAGGCGAACGCGAUCAAGGCCACCCUCAUGGGCGAGGCGCCGACGCAGGCGGCCAACAGGUCGGCCCCCUUCCACCAAGGACUGCCUCUGGGGAGCGGCAAGAAAGGCCGGCUCUUGGGCCCGGGGGGCAAAGGCCUCAAGCAUCAUCACCGGCAAGGCGAGGCUUAUCCUUGCACUAAUGAUAAAGAAUGUGAAGUUGGGAAGUACUGCCAUAGUCCCCAUCAAGCUACAUCUGCCUGCAUGGUUUGUAGAAGGAAGAAAAAACGUUGCCACAGAGAUGGCAUGUGCUGUCCUGGAAACCGCUGUAACAAUGGUAUUUGUAUAGCAGUGACUGAGAGCAUUCUCACACCCCAUAUCCCAGCUCUGGAAGUACCUCACAACAAAAAAAAUAGUCGCUAUACCACCAAGGAUUUGGGCUGGCAGAAUCUAGGGAAAGGACAGUCUAAACUGACACACGCAAAAGGUCAUGAGGGGGACCCUUGCUUAAGGUCCUCUGAUUGCACAGAGGGGUUUUGUUGCGCUCGUCAUUUUUGGACCAAAAUUUGCAAGCCUGUGCUACACCAAGGAGAGGUAUGCACCAAACAGCGGAAGAAAGGUUCCCAUGGCUUGGAGAUUUUCCAGCGAUGUGACUGUGCCAAAGGGUUAUCAUGUAAAAUCUGGAAAGAUGCCACUUACUCUUCAAAAGCAAGACUUCAUGUGUGCCAGAAAAUCUGAUGGGGGAUCUGAAGAUUGACAUUGGCAGGCCUUGACAUGUCUGUACUGCAUAGACUGCUGUGGGGUGGGAAAAAAUCAUUGUAAAUAAGAAAUGACUGGCCCAGGGAAAAAGCAUCAUUCCCAAACAAGUUAUAAUUCUGCCUGAAAGUAAAGAUGAGAGCAGAUGGCUGUUGUUUUUAGUGUGAUGCCAUUAUACCAGUGGGGCCAAGAUUUACAACAAAGCUCGACUGAUCGUCUUGCAACUUCUCUAUAUUAGUUGUAGUUAGUUUCUCCCACUUUGAUUGUAAAAUAAGAUAUAUUUACAAUACAAAGCAGGACUUUGCCAAAAUAUGUUUCUAUCAAUGCAUUCUUGUGUACUGAGUAGCAACAACAAAAGUCCCCAGUAAACUAAAGGUAUAUACAGUAGAAAUAAAGGAGGAAGUUACUGCAUAUGUAACUAUGGACUUUAUCUUUUAACAAUCCAAGGCUCUCACUCGCAUAGGGAUUUUUAGCCUCCAUCAAGAUAUAUGUUACUUUGAAUAGAGGCAAUUAAGCAAGGGUGACGAUCUAGAUUCAUAUAAUGAUAUAACCAUUUAGACUUCAUAACUCGAACUGAUCCUUCUUCAUUUACUGUACCCAGAGGCUUCCAUUAUCUUGGUUUAUUGAUAGCCACAUAGGCUAACAGAGAAAGCAAACUGAUGUUCAUUGAUACAUCCUAAAUGGAAAGUUAUGCUAAGCUGCUAGUUGUAAAUACUGGAGAAUGGAGGUUUGCAUUAUGACUUAUUCAGUUUUUCCCCUAAAGUGGGCAUUCAGGAACAUUAAAUCUGUUCUACUAAAUCAUAUGUCAGUAAGGGUUUUAGGUCAGAUGGUGAAGCAUGAUAUGGCAGUGACAAAAGAAAAUAAUGGUGAAAGCAUUAAAAGUACUGAGGUUAAUACGGAGGUGUGUCAUAAGAAUAUGGUGAAUAUAUUUCAAAUGCACCUUAGGAAUGUGGUUGGCAUUUCCACUACUGGAUUGCUGUACAUUUAUCAAUGGACAGCAGUGGAGUUCACUACAGCAAUAUUAAUGGGCUGGGAAAAAUGGACAAUGAUUUCUGCUCUCUCCCUCCCCACACAAAGCAUCUCACUGUGCUGAUAUCUCCAUGGUAUGAUCUGGGUUAAAUUUAGAAGGCUGGAUGGUUCCCCUUUGCUUAAAGGGGGGAGAGAAGUUUGUAUGUGUUUCAAGUUCUCUUGAUUUUUGUUUUAUUCUGGGGGCUACUUGAUGUGAGUUCAAUAUGCUGGGGUAAUAUGUCAUUUGUAAUAUCUGUUUAAAAUGGAGCAAUCAAAGCUAACCAAGACAACAGUAACAACAAUGUGUUUUGUAGCUGGCAAGGGUUUUUUCCCCCUGACUUUCUGAGGCCAUUAAAUGACCAUGUGUUACAAAAAUUAAAGUUUAUCUGUAAUUAAUUUAUAUUUCCAAACCUCUGAGUAAAUAUCAGCCAAAUGCUACAUGUUUUUCAUGUCUAUUAAAAAAAACACUGUCAAACAAUUUUCAAUUUCUGUGCCAAACUGCAACUUCAGAAAGUACCUAAAAUUAUCUAAAGGCAUAUGGUAGUGGUAAAAUUAUUUGGGACCUGUUCUUCAUAGUUUCUGUACAAAAAAGGCAAGAAACUGGAUUUUGGCAGAGGUGUUGAUAAUUCUCUGUUUUUGCUUUAGAAACAAAAUUAUAUGGAAUUCAAGAAAAGCCAUAAAACUGUACUAACAGUAUAGUUGGUAGACUCCUUAUUCCAAUAUUCAUAGGUUACUCUAUGUUCUAAUUUCCUCCCAUACUAUUCAUGUAGUUUAUUAUAAUGUACAUGAUCUAGGAGGAAAAUUGGAUAUUACAUGCAAAUUUGUUUUAGACAGAAUUGUUUAAAAUGAAAAGUAGCUUUGGCAGAUCGUAGAGAAACAAUGCAAGUUUAGCUUUGCCUGUUUGUGAUUGUUCUGCUCAAAAUAUUCCCAAAACAUCCAUCCAUGUUCCUAAUAUGUAUUUCUUUUGGCAAAAUUCUCACUGGAACUUCAUUCAGAAAAGCAGCUUGGGGGAAAAAAAUGAGAAAACCGUUUUUUAAAAGAAGCUCAUUAAUUGUUUCUGCUGCAAACAGAUUAUUAGCCCUGAAGCACCUGACUGAAUAUUUAAUAUUUCUCAGUAAUAAGAAGCUUAAGUGGAGAGCUUAUUUAAAGUUUAAGAAGAACUGAUUUGGAAGUUUACUACAAGAAACUCUAUUCAGUUUACUUCAUUACAAUGAAAACAGGAUGAUCGUGGGCAAAGUGUAUCACUUCCUUUGCUUAAAUAAGGGAAGCAGGUAACUGACAUCCUUUUACUUUGGCAAGACUAUAGAAAGAGUCCUUGCUCUUUCAGCACAGCUAGCAGUUACAAAGUACAUCCCUGACUCAUUGAACUGUUGUCUGCAUGGCCUUCCCCAUUUUAUUUCCCCCCAUAUCUAGUAUUUGAAGUAAUUUAUUUACAGGAAAUGUUUAAUGAGAUGUAUUUUCUUAUAGAAGAGAUUUCCUACAGAAAGCUUUGUAGCAAACUA